GGCGGCUGAGAGCCAGAGGAGAGGGGACACAGACCGAGGAGAGAUGUCGGAACCAGCCACCAACCCCGCGGCCACCUCCUUCCCGGCGCCCACCCUGUCUCUGCCCCUGGGCCUGGAGGUUCUGAGGACCUACUCCGGAGUUCUGGUCUGCUUAGAAAUAGUUUUCGGAGGGCUCGUAUGGAUCCUGGUGGCCUCCUCCAACGUGCCCGUUCCUCUGCUGCAGGGCUGGGUGAUGUUCGUGUCCGUCACCACCUUCUUCCUCUCCGCUGCCUACCUCACUCUGCUCGUCACGGGUUUGGCUGAUCGCAUCAACACCGACUGGAACUUCCUGGAUGCGGUUUACCAUUUCACAGCCUUGCUGUUCUACUUUGCUGCCUUUGUGUUAGAGGUAGCAACUACAGCAGCAAAUGGAGGAGCUCACAUCAAUCCUCUGCCAAACAGCACUGAAGCUGUCCUGUGCAUAACCUACCCUCGAGGCAACAUAUUUACAGUCCUGAGUGGAACACAAUACAAUAUUAAUGUGGCAGCCACGAUAUUUGCAUUUUUGGUGACGCUAUGCUACGGCUGCAGUAUGGUGAUGGGCAUCAAGAGGUGGAGGAUGUAACCGGGAAAAUGAACACAAACUAAUUUUACAACGGCUUCAUAACUUCAACGUGUAUUAAAGCAUCAGCACCAUCAGACAGGGCACUGCUCUCCAGCUCAAUUAAGUGCACACUUUAGUAUUUCUUCAUGGGAAUCUCUUGUCAGAAAGCAACACUUCAUCAAAUUUCUGAAUCUGUCAAGAUUCCUGGAGAAUAAUGUUCCUAUAAGAGUUAAUCUUCUGAGACAUUGAAGUGAGCAGUAUGAAGCAGAUUUUGACUGGGCUGUAGAAGGAACAUAUAUAGACAUUUGUAGAAAUAUGAAUUUGAUUCUGCUGUUGCUAACCAGCAGUUUUGCUGUUUUGCAACUUUUCCUUUCCAUUCUAUUAAAAAUUGAAUAGGGGAAGUGAAGGAAAGCUGUCUGUGGGCAGCAUUUUGAAACCAGACAGCAUAAUUUUGUAAGAUAAAAAUGAUGCUUCAGCGUUAUGGUUUUUCAUGUUUAUCAUACAGAUAUUGCCCCAUUCAGUCACACGCUCUCACACAAAGAAAUAUUUCAACAACGCGUGCCUACGUAUGCUGCUGAAAGAGGAUGCACAACAGAACAUUAAUUUGAUGUUUCAGAGACUCUGAAAGGCAGCGUGAUUGUAUUGGCUGUCUCUCAGUUGAACUGGUGCUACACAGCUGUAAACUGACUGUAGUUUUAACAUGACUGUUAGGACGUUUUUAUGUGGCCAUUAUUUAAAAUGAGCUUGAUCAGAUAUUUGAAUGUCUUGUUGUUCUUGAUUUUAUCAGUAUAUAAUAAUAUUAAAAUUCUAUUCACCAGUGUAAUCUUUCUGAGUGUUGUCCUGUUUAGCUAACUUCCCCAACUUAGUGGUAAAUAAAAUUUAUCUAAGCUCUGGG